GCCGGUAACCUUGGAAGCAGCAGACCCGUGCGUUCCGCUUCGGAUCUUUACUCCGUGUAUUAUCUCUUGAAACACCCACUUCGUUAUGUUGUUUUUGGUCUUGUACCUAAACAUGAGAUGUUCAGACGAAGUUCUGUGUCUCCUUGUUUGAGGAUUUUAAGUUUUGUAUUGAUAGUGACUUUCAUAUGUAACAAGACAUCAUACACAGUUUAAUUAUUUAAGUCUAUUUUAAUCACGGAAGUUGUUAUCAGCCUCUUCCAACAUGCAUUUUAUGUUGUCAUCUGCCUAGUCUUGGAAAAUUCGUUCUGGAAAAAUAUAUAUCAGACGUGUUUAUCGAUUAUUAUAUAUAUGUGUACAGUUUUAUCCUAAAAUCUGUUCUUGAAUUCUUUAUUAAAAGAACGACUCUGCAUACACUUUAUUAGAAAACUUGUGUUCUUUUUCCUUGUGUCUGAAAUAAUAUUUAACUGAGCGCUGUAUAAUGAAGAAGAAUUUAAAACAUAUCAUUUAUAUGUAUAUUGUAUGCUACACAACUCGAAAAAAUUUGCAAAAUGAAGUAUUGUGAAAUGGGUACUGAAAUUGUUCCAGCCAGCAUGAAUUCAUUUUGCAAGAAUGAGGGCUUAAAUUGCAUUUCAAAUUCACAUGAUGCUUUAGAUACUCGAUGGAAUGGUGAAUCAGUUCAUCAGAAAAGCUAUGAUGCUGUUGUCUUUUCAGUUCUUAGAGUUUCACCUGAAGAUUUUGCUAGCCAACUAACUUUGAUGGAUAUACAAGUUUUUAAAGAAAUUCAGCCAGAGGAAUUAUCUAGUUGCUGUUGGAAUAAAAAAGAAAAAAUGACAUAUGCCCCAAAUGUUGUAGCUUUUACUCAAAGAUUCAAUCAUGUUAGUUUUUGGACUGUGAAAGAAAUCCUUACUGGCCAAACUCCCAAAGCAAGAGCUGACAUCAUAGCACAUUUUAUCAAAAUAGCUAAAAAAUUACAUGAAUUAAACAAUUUACAUUCAGAAUCUGCAAUUAUUUCAGCUCUGCGAAGUGCACCUAUUUUUAGGUUAGCAAAGACUUGGGCACAACUUACAAAGAAGGAAAAAAGCACAUUUGAUAAGUUGGCUGAUGUCUUCUCAGAUAACAACAACUUUGAAAAAUUAAGGGAUCAUAUGACAAAUUUGAAGCUUCCCUGUAUUCCAUAUUUAGGUUUAUUCCUUAUGGACUUGGUUUUCAUUGAUAUAGCACAUCCUCCCACCCAAGGUCUGGAUAAUCAUCAGCGGCAGAUGAAGAUGAAUAAUAUUUUGCGAAUUAUAGCCGAUUAUCAGCAAUCUAAUUACGACCAUCUUCCUGUUCUACCUCACAUUCAGAACUAUUUAAAAUCCGUGAGAUAUAUUGAUGAACUUCAAAAAUUUGUUGAAGAUGAUAAUUUUAAAAUAUCUUUAGAGCUUGAACCUAUAGAAACAUCUCCAAAUUUAAGAGAACCUAGUUCUCAGCGUGCAUUAGCUGCAGAAGAUCUGAAAACUAACAGGAAUUCAUUAGGUGUUCCAAGUUUGGAAGCUCGUUCCUCAAGAUCUAUGCCUGGUCAUGGUUCUAGAUUUGUUCCCACUCACAGAAAAGCAUGGAGUUUAGGAACCAAUGUGAUGUCAUCUCUUUCUGUGGAUACAUUGAGUUCCUGUUCCACAUUUUCUUCAGAGAGGCAUCUUCUUGAUGAUAGUAUUUUGGAACAUACACCUAUAAUUACACGGAAACGGUCUUUGGGAAGCAUAGAAGAUAUCCAUGAUCAUUUUGAUACAUGGAUGGAGCAUCUCCCUCUAAAUUGCAGUGAAUCUCAAGAAAUAAAUUUACGUCAUAUCGAUGCUGUUGCAACUUAUCAAGGUUAUGUUCGUAGGAAAACUGUCUUAAAGGAAGGCAAAAAACCAGCUAUGUCACCAUGGAUGAGAUAUUGGUUAGUGUUGAAAGGUUCAACAUUAAUUUACUUUCCUCCUAAAACACUAAGAGGAACAGAAAAAUCUGAUUUUAAAAGCUCUCCAUCAAAAUCCAUUGACAUAACUGGAUGUAUAGUUGUGUAUUCAGAUUCCAGUAAUCAGCCUGAUGCAUUCCAACUUACCGAUCCCCAGAAAGGAAAUGUGUAUAAAUUUCGAACUGGAUCAGCAGCAAAGACCGUCCAGUGGUAUAAUUGUUUAAGAAAAGCAACAAAUCAGUAUGAUGAGACUAUGCACUUAGAAAAUUUGAUGACUUUUGAAUAACAGCUGCAAGUCAACAAGAGUUUUCUGAAGCUUUGGUCAAUUGCAUCUGACUUGGAAAGAUGCUAAGUGCCUCUAGACAUGUGCCAUAGACUAUUUUUUUCAUCAUUGCUGUAUUAUGUAGCUUUAAGAAGACCUUCCUCAGCUGGUCAUGGUAUACCAGCUGUUGCUCACGUCAGAUUUGUAUAUACUGGCAGCUUCAUAAGCCAUAAAUUUAAUAUGAAAUUAGUAGCUUUUCUUGUCAGUGUUAUUUUUAGUCCCCUUUUAUUUAAAGACUGAUGUAAAUAUAUAUUUAGCUUUACUUCUGACUGAAAAUUGCAUGGCACUAUCAUUUUUCAGCCUUUGUUUUAAAAUGCUUCAGAGUCAAGAAAUUUAAAUCUCUUUCUGGAAGUUCCUAACUGUGAUAUGAAAUAGCUUGGAAACUUGGAAACUCCUUUUUUAAACUUGAGUCAUCCUCUUUUUUUAUUUAUGAAUUUGAAAUAUAUAUAUAUAUAUGUUGCAUAAACUUUUGUUUAAUGCUGAAAGAGGUGAUUUCUAAAUGAUAAUGAUAAUGGUUUUAAAAUAAGCUGAACAGAUAUUAGUUUUAAUUGUAACUCAAAUCAUUGACCUAAAAUCAGAAUGAAGGACAAAGUCUUUGAUUCUGAUAAUAUUAAAACUUCUAAUAAUCAACUGCAAGUAAAUCAGGUGCUAAGUUUUUGUAUCUAAAAAGAAAAAAAUUGUCUUUAUUUAAAAAAUCUUUCUGUGUGCUUCAUUUGCUGAUUCUUGUUUGUGUUUAGUUGUAUUUCAUCUGUACUUUUUGAGGGCAUCAUAGUUUUAAUAAAGCUUAUAUAUAGCUGAAUAUUAUUCUCAGUUGUAAUUUUGAUGCAUAUUAUGAACUGUGUAUUUCCCCCCCCUUUAUAUAUAUAGAUAUAUAUAUAUAUAUAUAUAUAUAUAUAAAAUUCUUUAAUAUAAAUCAAUUAAUAUCUGCAGACUUAAAUUUUUUGAGAAUAAAGCUUCAGUAUUUUCUCUUGUAAUUUUUUAUAGAUAAGGAGCUUAGUAGUUAAGCAAAUAUGUGAUACAUACUACUGUGUAAUUUCCUUUGCUCAAAUAUUCAUGCUCAGUUUUUACUCAUUAUGUUUCCUUCAGCAAUUAUUGAAUUGCAAAUUUGAAUCAUAUCUAAUUCUGCACUAAUUCUGUAGAUAAAAAUAUUUCUAUAAAGUUUUCUCAUUUUGCCAAAUAUGUCUGAAACUUCAUUCAGAUCUAUUCGUAAAGGUUUUUAAAAUAAUUAGAGGGAAAAAAAACUGUUUUAUUGAAACUCUAAUUGGAAUUUAGUUUUCCUGUGCUUUAUUUUAAUGUCAAAUUACCUUGCACUUUAAUUAGAGAAAUAUUAAAAUGUAUAUUUCUUUAUCAUGCACAUAAAAUAUUUAUUUUUUAUUUUAGGUGUGCUUUAAUUAACUUAUUUUUAUUAUUUCAUUCAGCAUUUAAAAGUAUGUGCAAGGUUUUUAUUAAUUGCACAGUUAUUGAUAUUGCAAGAUUAGUUAGAAAGAAUAAGUUUUCUCAUACAAAAAAUUUUAUUAAAUUAUUUUUGCAAUCCUAAAAAGACUUAUGAAACAUAUCUGGUUUAUAUGCAUUUAAAAAUAAAUGCAGCAAAAUUAUAAAGGAUUAAAUAACUGAAAUAUUGAAAUAGAGCAUAAUUAUGUUUGGAUUCCUGACUCGGUUGUAGUAUUAAGUAAGUUUAAUUUCAGAUGUGUUUGUUGAAAAAUAUUUUUGAGUAAUAAAAGUUAUAUGUUCCCCCCCCCCCAGUGAUUGUGGUAGAAACAUAUUAAAUCAAAUGUUAAAACAAAUGUAUAAAAUAUAAAAUUAAGUUUAUCCAUAACAUGCUGUUAUGGACUUCUUUGAAUACUUUAUAAAAUAAAUAUGUAAUAUUUUAUCAUGUCUUUUUUACUAUUGGAUGAAGUGUGAGGGCAGGUAAUUUCAUUGUAAAUGGUAUUUGUACCCUUGAUGAUCUUCAAUUAAUUUCAUGUAUAUAAGUUUCCUCAUAAUUUAUUUAAUAAUAGCUUGCAUUUCAUGUUUGCUCUAUGUUGGAGUUGCUGCUUAAUGAAAUGUAACUGUGGUCUUCUCGCAUACAUGUUUUUAAAUAACCAAGUUGUCAACUUUUAAAGAACACUAUCUAUGAUAAAUUGAAAAUAAAAUUGUUACAAUUAAAAGCCUAAAGUAAGAUUUAGGGUCAUAUCAUUAGUGAUAAUUUCCAAUACAGCCUUCAUAAUAUUUUUCUUUUUUAUUGCUUUGUUUUAUCAAUAGAAUUCUGGAAUUAAUUCAUAAAUUUCUAUCACUUUUAUUUAAUUUGUUUUACACUGAUAUAUAGCUGAGGAAUCAGUAACCAAAACAAAAAAAUGUGAAUAUGCAAUUUCUUCAGUUUUUUAUUUAAAAUGUCCAGGGUUGGGUUAUUAAUUCUCAUUGCUGAUGUUCUAACUUUGAAUUUGGAAAAAUAUAAAUGAUUCUUAUUCAGAAGUUUUUAUGUUUCCAAACAUGAAAUUUUUAACAUGAAACUUUUAAAACAUGAAAUUUUUAACUAAAAAAUUUGAUUAAACAUGCAGAAUUUUUCUUGUGUUUUUUCCCCCUUUUUCCUUCCAUUGAUCAUUUUUUAAUGCUCUUUUGCUGUUUAUGUAAAUUUUGCUUUUAACCAAAGACAGUGUGUUACAAGAUGUGUCAUCUAAAUGUUGCUCAAAUAGUAAUAGUAUAUUUUUAAUGAAACUUUGUUAAUUGACAGUGAAAAAUUGAGUUAAAAGUGAUUUCAUUUUGAUUGACACUUAAACUUGAUUUGGAUGAUAAAAGGAAAUAUAUUAUUUGUUAUAUUGUAAUGAAAAACAUUCACUUAUUGUUAUAUUGUAAUAACAGUAUAACAAGUAAUUGAAGUUUUUUAAAUUUAAAAUGUAAUAUUUGCAUGUCAACAAUUAAUAUAAAUUAAAAUUUUGUAUUUACAAUACUAAAAUGCUUGAUAUCCAAAAUGUAUAUUUAAUAGUAAUAUUAUACCUGUCUGUAUUUUUUAAAGAAUACAUCUUUAACAUUAUGCUUUUAAAUGCUGUCAUAUCAAAGUAGUGAUUGAAAUUUUUAACUUUAUUAUUGUAGUUAAACAAAAAGCAUCUUUUUGUUUUUAAGAGGGGAAGCUGUAUUAUUCAGCUACUUAAGUGUUUUAAAUCAUUUUUCUGUGUUUAAGGCUAGAUAAGUGCAUAAUGUAUUGGCAUAUACUCUUCAACGUAAAUUAUUUUCCUUACUAAGAGUGCCUUUCUUGUAGUUUUUAAGUUACAGAACUUAAAACUGCAAGGAAAGAUACCUAUAAACACUGUUGUGUUAAUUUUUUUUUAAUAUACUCUUAGUAUUUUUUGUUUCUAUAUUUAAUUUUAUUCAUUUGUAUUUAAAGUACUUUUACAACUGAUUAGAUAUUUUGUGGGUUUUUUAAUCCAAGUAAGCCUCACUUGUAUUUUACAUGUUUUUAUUAAAACUGUUGUACAUAAUUGUUUUAUCACCAAAGAUUUCAUUUGACAUAAUUGUGUCAUAAGGAGGGUCUACUCAGCAUGCAAGAAAUUACAUGUAAAUUUAUUUUAAAGUGUAUUCCUUGUGUGUAUGUGGUUAUAAUACUGUUCAUGGGAUUUAUAUUCCAGAUACAUUUAAUUUAACAUAAUUUUUUAACUAUUUUAUGAAACAAAUUUCAAGGGGAGAAUAUGAACAUCAAAUAUUUUUACAAAGACAGUCAACCUCAUUACAGGGACUUGGUAAAAUGACCUUAUGAGGAAAAGACAUAGUAUGUAGUUAAUAUAAUUGCAGAAUUGUUCAAUAAUAUAUAGACUUUAUUUGAAAAUAAAUAUUGACAUGCAAUUUAAUUUGCCACUGUAGUUUUAGUUAUGUUUUCUGAAGUUUAUUUGGAGAAAUUAAUAUAAUAUGGUUGUUUUUCUUCAAGUUUUAGGAAUUUAUGAUCUUUUUCUAAAUUAGUAAGUUUUUUUAAUGUUCUUUAGUAGCUCAGAUGCUGUCAUUAAAAAAUCUUUUAACAAUGCAUAAAUUACUUAGUAUAUCAAUUUUAGAUACUAUUGCAUUUUCAUUGAGAUUAUAAUCUUCAGCCCUCAAUAUUAGAAAAUUCAUCAGCGUUUAUUGCCUAUAGAUCUGUUAAUGAAUUAGUGCCAUUAAAGUUACAUAACUAAUAUUGUUUGUUAUCUAUUCCAGUUUAUUCUAAUUCAUUAAGAAUACCAUGGCUUUGCCUUUGUUCAGACAGAGGUUGGGUCUGUUCAAAAAGAAAAAUAUACUGGAUAGUCUCUGUCCUCUGAAGAAUCAUUGAAUUAAAACUAAAACCCGUAGUCACGUAUUACGUGUAUCAUGAGCACUGAAAGCCAAUCCUGAAUUUCAGAUCUCUCAGAUUUUGAGAUUAGUUUUUUAACACUCUUCUGUCAUUGAUAGCAUUCUGUGAAUGAAUGGAAUAAAAUAAAAGGUCAAACUUGGACUUGCAAGGGAUUAGUACAGAAGGAAAUAUAUGAAGCUUAGAAAAGAGCAGUUAGCAGUAGAAAAACAAUAGUUCCACUGGAAGGAAAAUUUCCUAGAAAUUACUGAAACUCAAAUUAAUUAGCAAUUACCUUAGAAUUAAUUAACACAGAUACUAUGAAUGUAACAAUAACUACAGUGAUAUAUAUAUUUAGCCAGAACUUUAAAAAUGUGAGCCUGUCCUUAAUAUAUGGGUAAAAUUAUAACAUUCCAUAAUUAAUUGUGCUAGUAAUUUGAAUUUGUGGCAUAAAAACAUGACACCUAGAGUAUUUUCAGAAAACAUCUUUUGGAAAACAGUUUUUUUUUUUUUUUUUUUUUAACUUAUCUCACUUGUUUGACAAUAAUAUAUGAUCAAAUCUGUAAGAAGUGCAGAACUGUAUCUGGCAUUGGCAUUGGCAUGGGCCUUGGGUACCUUAAAGCUGACAGUAUGAUUCUGUCCAUUUCCAUCUGACUGAAGAAUUCCCCAGAGGGCAGGUCUAAGGGUCUUCUAUCCCUUGUCCUCUCACCAAACCUCUCAAAAGGACUUUACAUGUAUUUUAAAAUGUUGCCAUGCCAUAAAAACACUGACAGAAUUUGUUAUUGUGUUUACAACAUCAGUGACAUGUUAGCAACAUCAGUGAAAAAAGAAGAGGGGAACCGAUUUUAUAUUAAUGCAGAGUAUUAAUAUGAUGAAAUCGCCUUUUUCUCCCUUCCCCUCAUGGAACAUAAGUUCAUUCAUUAUUCAUACGUUUUCCCUAAAUGAUCAAAAUUGUCAUAUUUUGAAAUCCUAUUUUGAUUCAUUUCAUAACUGGAACUACUGUUUACAACCAAUAAUUCAAAAGAUGUUAGUCAAUCAUUUUUUCCAUUCCCUGUGUUAGUGAUAUUACAGACAGGCAAAGUGAAACAUAAUUUCUGAGGCUGUUGAGAAGAUUUUCAGACCAGUCUGACCUCCCCUUCCAUUUAAAAAAGGGAUCAAAAUAUAUAAAGGACACACAUUUAUUUUAAUAUAAAGUAUUUUUAAUUUGCUGAACGAAACUUUAUGCAUAUUUGAAUUUAUAGACUUAAUCUUCAUAUAUGUAUUUUUCUAGUUUUAAUCAUAAAAAUGCAUGUUUUUAAAGUCUAUGCUCAAAAAGCUAUUUAAAUUUUAUUGAUUUGAUUUGUUUUCCUUGAUAAUAAAUAGAUAAUAAGUAUGUCAGAACAUUUGAUAUGAGAGUAACUUUACAAAUUUUAUUUUGUUACAUUAUUACUGUCUUACAGAAAAUCUAUGUGUCCAUCCAUAUGUAAAUGUACCUGUACAUAUAUGUAAGUACUCAUAAACAGCAUUUUAUUAAGUAAGUUUAAAUGUACCAUAUCAGAGACAUUAUUGAUCAAGCUUUCUAAUUUAUUUGAUAUUUUUCUGGUUUCUGUAUUGAGUGUUAAUAUAUUUAUCCCCACCCCGAUAUAGAUAGAUAAACGUAUAUCAAUUAUCCCCCCUACCCGAUAUAUAUAUAUAGAGAGAGAGAGAUUAAAAUUUUUUCUUAUUGGGAAUUACAGAUAAUUUAUUUUCUUGUGCAUAAUAAAAAUGAAAUAAGCACAGCUGAAUUUUAAAGAAUUUGAAGAUUCUUAUUGUUAUUUCUUAGCAUAAUUUAUAUAUUAUUAAACUGCAAUAUCUGGAACUGUAGUUGCUCACUAAAAGAUAAAAAUUAAAUUGCCAAAUAAUAUCCUCUGUAUGUUUUUCCCUUUUUGGGUAUUAAAAUAAAUAUAUGAGCAAAAUUCUGAACUGUUUGUAUGGAUGGCUUAUUUUCUUUUUUUUUAACAUAUUUAUAGAUUCAACUAUAUAUAAAUAUUUUUCAUUAUGGAAUAUAUGCGAUAUUGAAGCUUAUUCUUUAUUAGUGGUUAUGAACUUCUGUAAAUUCUUAACUUCUGUAUUUUAUUAUUCAAUUUGGCUACUUUUAGAGUAAGUUGUUGCUAAUCAUUAGACUGAAAUAUGAUAGCAUCUGUGCUUAAAAUUUUUAAUAUUUAGUUUGACAUUCAUUAACAAUCAAAUCAUGUAUUAAGAUAGCUAUAUUAAAUUGCAUUACAGUGUAGAUUUAAUAUUUCUGUAUAUGGUUUAAAAUAUUAAUUUAGCAUCAUUGUAAUCAAAUUGUCAUUUCAUAAAUGUUUUCAUUUGUUAUGUGGCUUGUUUGAAUGUUUGAUAUGUUUUUUAUAUCAGCAGAUUUAACUUGUACAACAUAACCUCACUGUGAAUAAUAAUAAUAAAAGUAUGUCUAAACCAUGAAAUGUCAAUUUAUACAAAGCUGAGUAUUUUGUCCUUCAUUUUUUAUGUGCAUUGUGUAUAGUGUGUAUUUCAUUGUACUAUUUUAAUUGGAUAGUCAUUAUGUAUACAAACCACAUAUCUUAAUUGCUUUAUUUCUGACUGUGAUUCAGCUCUAAAACAACAUUGCCUUAAUAUUUUUAAUUUAGAAGUGCCUUUUGUUGCAUAUUAGAUUUGCUGCUGUAACUAAAUGUGAGAAAAAUAAAACUUACCAAAAAUGAA